CGGCAAGGGAGAGACUGCCAGGGGCUUAUCUCUUCCGUAACGGCGCUGUUGUUCAAGUUUCAUCACCACGAGGAUUUCAAACUGGUGGACAGCAUUCAAGCACCUGGACCCAUGUCCGGAAGGAACCCUGAUCAGCCUGAGUUGUUAUAAAAGCAUACUCAAGUCGUCCAAGGCCGACGAAGUCUUUCAUCACACCUUAACUGCUCCGCACGUCAAUUCACCAUUGCGGCGCCGAAAGAUAUGCUCGCUCAAAUCGCCGAUAUUUCUGGAAAGGAGUUCGACUAUAUCAUUGUCGGCGGUGGGACGGCCGGACUUGUUGUCGCUGCUCGCCUUACUGAAGAUCCGUCUGUCCGUGUACUGGUGCUUGAGGCCGGCGAAGCUAACCUCGAUGACCCGAUGAAUCUACUCCCAAUGCAAGCCGUGAGGCAAUUCAACAAGUCGAAGUAUGAUUGGGCAUAUAAGACUGUCAAGCAAUCUCACUCGAACAACCGUGAAUACGUUUGGGCUCGUGGAAAAGGACUCGGUGGUAGUUCAGCAGUCAACUUUAUGUUUUGGAACAAGCCUGCGCGCGAAUAUCUCGAUAUGUUCCAAGAACUCGGGAUCGAGGGAUGGAACUGGGAUCUGUUCCACGAAUACGUCAAGAAGGCUGAGAAGUUCACACCGCCAAACCACGACUCGGACUUGCUGACGUACAACGCGGUAUCCAUGGGCUCGUCAGGCCCCGUUGACGUGUCGUUUUCUCCAGCCAGGACUUACCUGGAGGAACUGCUCAUAGAUUCAAUCACGCAGCACGGGAUUCCUCGUAUCGCUGACACUUCAUCUGGGAUGACAAACGGAACCUCUAUAACCCCUUCAAGUAUCAGUCCGACGACUUUCUAUCGAUCAUACUCGGCGAACUCUUACUAUCAACCCAACGCUCAUCGUCAGAACUUGAUUGUUCUCGUGACCGCUCACGUCACUGGCAUUGUGAGCCGUCGCGGUGAUGACGGAGCCAUCACAGCUACCGGUGUCACUUUUGUGCACGAAGGCAAUGUACACAAGGCGAAGACGUCAAAGGAGGUGCUCCUUGCGGCUGGGGCUGUGAUAUCUCCCCAGAUCCUCGAAUUGUCUGGCAUCGGGAAGCGGGACGUCCUGGAGAGAGCAGGUGUCGAGGUCAAGAUUGAUCUGCCUGGUGUAGGGGAAAAUAUCCAGGAACACCUCUUUUCUGGUCUCGUAUGCCAGGUCAAGGAGCAUCACGUCAAUGGCCACGAAGUCGAAACGUGCGACCCGCUCUUCUUUCCUGACCUGGCUCCAGAGCAUUACAGGAUCCGUCCGGAAGGGAAAGGAGCCUUGAACAUACGCACACUCAGCCUCACGUUCGUCCCGUUGCAGUCCAUAUGUCCGGAUGCGGAAGAGAUACAGAGCACGCUCUUGAAACACAUAAUGACUGGAAUCCAAGAAAACAAGAGCAAGUCCCGAACAUGGAGAUCAUGCUGGUGCCAUCGCCCAUCGUUCCAGUUGCUACCUUGCAUCCUGAGAGGAAACAUGUCUCGCUCUGCUUUGGACUGAACAACCCUUUCUCGCGUGGGUCAAUUCAUAUUGCAUCGACGGAUCCCAUGGAGCACCCGACGAUCGAUCCUCACGUCUAUGAGG